AUGCCGCAGAAAGAAAGAGAUGAAAUAAUGAAGGAGUUUAGAGAGGGGCAGAGUAGGGUUUUGAUAGCGACAGAUAUAUGGGGUAGAGGUCUUGAUGUACACCAGGUUUCUUUGGUUAUAAACUAUGAUCUCCCCAACAGCCGUGAGCUGUAUAUACACCGCAUCGGUCGUUCGGGUCGUUUCGGGAGAAAGGGUGUGGCUAUCAACUUCGUCAAGAACGAUGAUAUUCGUAUUCUGAGAGAUAUCGAGCAAUACUACGCAACUCAGAUUGAUGAGAUGCCGAUGAAUGUCGCAGACUUGAUCUAA